AUGUCAUCAAAAAACUCAAGAACAGGCGGAGCUCCUUAUAUUCAAAAAAUUAAACUAUGCAACAACAAUAACAAAAAAACUAGGAGAAAGCCUUUGAAAUUAUGCUCUGAUUGUAAAGAGACAAAAGCUUGUGUUAGCUUAAUUUCAAGUAAAGUAAAUCGAAUUGAAGAAAUCAUUAAUAAUUAUCAUAAAAAUCCAAAAAAAAAGAUCGAACAAAUUUCUAAAUUUAAUACUAAAUUUACUUUAAAUAACGUACCCUGUGAGUUGGAAUAUGAUUUAUCAAAUUUCACGUUAGAAAAUUUGCAAAAAUUGGCAAUUUUCACGACUCAAAAUUACGGUAAUAAUAAUAGUUAUAAUGUUUCCAAACAUUCCUAUUAA